UUUAAAUUAAAUUGAGUAUUUUCUUGAUUUUACUGAGAGAUUUAUGACAUUUUGAAAAUAAUCGCAAAUAUGGAAUUUUUUACAAUUAUCUAUUAAAAUAUCGAAAUACAAAUAAUUAAACAUGUAAAUUAUGGACGGUGUGGAUGAGGAAGUUGUAGAAUUAUUCGCAACCCUGUCAAAAGCUGAGCCAUGGAGGUUACAGCGCCAGUAUUUCCCGAGUAAAUUCGGAGGAUUGCCAGCAUGGCUUGACCCAGUUCAUCUUCCAAAGGAAUCUGAGUUAAAGUGUGAGAAAUGUCAGAGUAUAAUGACGUUUUUUCUACAAAUUUAUGCUCCAGAUGAUUUGUGUGAGGAAAACGACUCAUUUCACAGGACGGUUUAUCUGUUUGUUUGCCAGCCUUGUGGUAAUCAGUGGAAAGCUUUUAGAUCUCAGUUGGCUAGAAAGAACGAUUUUUACGAUUUUCAUCCAUCAGAAGAUAACAUUAUGUUCCCAGACUCUGAAAUGGGAAAAAGGUGCUGCUUAGCUUGCGGACUACCAAGCGAUAAUCCUUCAAAAGAGCCUAUUCACUUGAAUAAUUCUAAAAUUCAACUGGUUGAUACACAAGAUGUUAGAGAGUUACACGAACGUUGUAAAAUAGCAGUGAAACACCAGACUCUUUGUUGUACAUUUGAUGAGUGGAUUCUUAAUAUUUGUGAAGGCGAGAUUCCCUUAUCAGAUAAUUAUUUAUCGCACGAAAAGGAGCUUUAUAACCGAUAUUUAAAAGAGAAGAAGCUAAACGGAGAGAUGAUGGAUGAGAGUGAGGAACAGGCAUUUGAAUCUAUACAGGAAGAAAACAUGUACAACGACGAGUCAUUUCUAAAAUUUUCAAAAAAGACAACUCCGAAUGAAGUUUUGUAUUACUCGAGGGAAGGAGAGCCACUUUGGAUAAGCGAUAAAACUCCAAGACCAGUCAUUAUUAAAAGUAAUCAUUCAUCAGAAGGAUCCAUAGAUGGAAUGCCCAAUAAUCAAACACCAAUAGAAAGUGAUUUAAAUGUAGUAAAUUUAUGUGAAAACUGUGGAAGCGACAGAUCAUUUGAAUUUCAAGUGUUGCCCCAAUUACUCCACUACAUAAAGUCGGAUCGAGUUGAUUUUGGGAGCUUAUCAGUUUACACAUGUUCAAAAUCAUGUAAAAUAGGAAAUAAAUACCAGAGAGAAGUGGUAAUUUUAGAAAGGGACUAUUCUUUGGUCCCAAAACCACAAAAUGUUAAAUAAUAUAUUUUUUAAACUA